AUGUCCGAUUCAGACACUGCAACUCUUGUGCUUGCGGACAUUCCUGCUGCUGCUGAAGAUACUCUGCAGCCCAUAGAAGAUAUGAUGGACACUCAGGAACUUACUAUGCUUGCAAAAGAACUGGAUUCUCAGGAAUUCUAUUUCAAGAAACUAAAAGACUCUUUUAUUGCCAAGUUCCAGACAGAGUUAUCUGCUGGAGAUUCAGGAAAGAAUGGUGACAAUGUUUUGCUUCAAGCUGGCCAUGGUCAGGUAUUUCCUGAUAAUGCAGACAACCGUACAGAAAAAUUGGACAUCCGGCGAUUAUUACUUGCCCAUCCACAAAACACAUGUGCAGAAAAGAACUUUCAUAAAGAGUUGUUUUCAAAGCUCAAGUUCAACUACUUGGAGCAGGCUGCCAAGGAAUCGUUUUUAAACUGUAUCUUGCAAGUGUCACCCCAGUUUGCAACUGCUCAAACUCUUCAGACCUUUGAGCAAAGCGUCAAGGAAAGUAAAGAGGUUCUCAAAACCCAAAAGACCAAUUUUGAGGCACAAAAGACAGAGAUAUACGAAUUGAUUGAAUCUACAUGUGCAGCAUAUGAGCAAGCCACUUUACAGAAACAACAAGCUUUAGAUCUCGUGUCUGAUAUUACUGCAGACUAUUCUCAAUAUCAAAUCAUAGUCAAUACUGUAAACCCAAAUACUAGCGUGGUUGAAGAGCUGGAGAAAAGCACUUUGUCGCAGACACAAAAACUUUCAGAACUUCGCUCUCAAAUUGCCAAACAAAAAAACGCAUUGGCCGAACAAAGGGAGAAAAGGACACAGCUCAAUACGGACAAGGCUUGCUUAGAUCUCAAGAGAAAUGAAGCACAAGAAAAUGCAGCCGAAGCCAUGCGUAUAUCAAAAAGCAAGAACCCUCAAGUAGAAGAACUUGGAAAAUGGCAAUGUAGUGGAAUUCGCGAAAUCCGUGCACUUUCCGACUCCAAUAUGGAAAUUGUAUAUGAAAUGGGGGUCGAUACAACAUAUUCUGUUUUAAUUCGAAUCAUAACCGAUCCACAAACUGAUGAUUCAAACACUCGGCAAUUCUAUCAUCGCGUUGAAGCACAGGUUGUUGAUGCCAUGAUUCCCGUAGAUGAUAUACUGGAUGUGGCUGCUGGGUUUUCAAAAUUGGACAGUGCGUUGUCGUUCACAGUGCGUGCGGUAUAUUCACGGCUUCAAAACAUGCAUAUACGAAAUCAGGAAAUGACUGAGUUGCAAAAGGUUAAUAGCAAUGUAAUGUUUGAUGCACAUCUUGGAGAAACCAUGAUACAUAAUACACAAAGCGGGCGAAUGUUUGUGUUGCAAUUGGAUGUGUCUUAUCCCACUUCAAGUUGGCAAGGAAUUCGAAUGGUUGGAGUUGAGCCAGCUCGAGUGGAAAAGGAGGUUGAGUUAUGGCAGAACAAAAUCAACACGCUAAAGCCUGCCACCUUUACUGAACUUGUUAUGCAUCUUGAAUAG